AAAAGACUAGCCUACUGUCUGUAUUGAUGUUUAUUUUAAUCCCUAUCCAGUAUAGGCGCCCUCGCACUCUGCUACAGUAUUUUUUAAAUAGACGCGGAACCUUCGUGCACGGUCACCAUUUCCUCUACGGACAUAAACAUCGUCACAACAAAUAUUGAAAAGUGCCGCUGUGAUGUUAAUUUUAUACUUCACUUCUUCAGAUUUGUGUUCAAAACGUUUAAAGUAGUUAAGCGGAUUUAAGCUGAUGUUGUUACCGUUUACUCGGAAAACUUGAGAGAAGGAUUUCGGACCUGUGUUGUGAUGGGAGUCCACGGACUGUGGAGGCUGCUGGAGAGCACAGGGAAACCCAUCAACCCUGAGACUUUAGAGGGAAAGAUACUUGCUGUUGGUAUCCUGAUCUAUGCUCUAAUUUGUGAAUUUAAAGUGUGACCCGACCACUCUUUCUUCCUUCUAUCAGAUGUGUUGAUAUAACCAACAGAUUUCUGUAUGUGUCCAUCAUUAACCUUAACCAGACCCCCCCUCAGACAUCAGUAUCUGGCUGAACCAGGCGGUGAAGGGGGUGAGGGACCGUGAUGGGAAUAGUGUCCAGAAUGCUCACCUCCUUACUCUCUUUCACCGCAUUUGCAAGUUGCUUUUCUUCCGCAUCAGGCCAGUCUUUGUGUUUGAUGGGGACGCACCUCUGCUGAAGAAGCAAACCUUGGUAAGUCAUGUUCUCCCAAAACCAUCAAGAGGUCCUUCAAAUGGUCCUAAUAUAAUAAUAAGGACAUAGUGACGGCUGACUUUGGCUCCUUGUUUCCAAAGUUCAGUCAAACUAUCAGGAAUCCGGGAGUGAUUUUUGACAAACACCUGAAGUUUGACAAAUAAAUUGAAAAUGUUGUACAGACUAGUUUCUAAGGUCAAAAUGUUUUUAAGCCGCCACGAUCUUGAGAUAGCCAUCCAUGCUCUAAUCAGCUCAAUAUUAGACUAUUGUAAUGCAUUUUAUGUUGGCAUCUCCCAAUCAUCUCCAAGUCGCCUGCCCGUCUUUUAACCAGCACUAAUAGACGUGAGGGCAUCACUCCUGUCCAUAGCUCCCUUCAUUGGCUUCCCCUCCCUAUAGGAUUGAUUUUAAACUAUUAAUGUUUGUUUUUAAAGCUCUUAACGGCCUCGCCCCCAUCUAUUUAACUGAGCUUUUAACCGUUCAGGAGCCGGGUAGAGCUCUGAGGUCGUCAAACGAACUUCUGCUGGAGGUUCCCUAGGUCAAAAUACACUGGGGUGACCAAGCCUCUUCAGUUGUUGGUCCCAGGCCCUGGAAUAAUCUACCCACUGAAAUGAGACUUAUUUCUGACCUUUUUAAAUCUUGGUUGAAAACAUAUUUAUUUAAGAUGGCUUUAAAUACCCAGUAGUGUGGUGACAUUUAUUUUAUUGCAUUGUAUCUUAUUCUUUUUUAUUGUUUUUAUCUAUUCAUUUUUACUAUGUAUUGUAAAGCUCUUUGGUUUCCCAAAAGGGUCGUUGUAAAGGGCCGUAUAAAUAAAGAACAUUUACAUUUACAAUAUAUUGUUUGUGUGGGUCCUCUUCGUAGGCUUUGAGAAGGCAGAGGAAAGAGGAGCUGAACCUUGAGUCCAAACAGACCAAUGAGAAACUCCUCAAGACAUUUCUGAAGAGACAAGCUAUCAAAGCUGCUCUUGGAGACCACAGGUAGAGAACAGGUGGAUAGACGGCGAAGAAGACAACAUCUGCUCUCUAUCUCUUGGCUAAUAAGACCCCAAAAUGAAAACACGUAUUCUGAUUCUGGCAUUAAUUCUCUCGUCCUGCAGUAAAGAUCCUUUCCCCAGCCUCUCCAACGUGAGAAGAGAUGAAGUGGAUGACAUGUACAUACUGCCAGCCCUACCAGCUGCAGAGGAGAAGGUUAAAAGCAGGUCAGAAACCAAGAAGAGGUUAUUAUUCUAGCAUGGAUAAAGAGCAGGGUAUUUAAGUCAUAAUUUUAAAAAAUAUAUUUAUUGUUCAACACUUGACAUGCUAUUAUUUACAAGAUAACAAGCCAAACUCAAAAUCAGCCAAGAAAGCUAAACAAGCAUGUUUGUGUAAAUGUCUACAACUGCACAAUCCGUUUACUUUUUCAAUCUGCUUUAUUCUGACAGCUCAGAAGAGGAGGAAGAGGACAGUAAAGAGUGGGAGGAGAGCGCUGAUAGUUUUCACAUGUACCAGGUAAAAUGAUUCCUCCUGCUACACAGCGAAACAGGUACAAAUAGAGGUAAGCCACACCUCAGAGCAAAGUACUGGAAAUGAUUUAAGAUACGUAAAAGGUAUGAAGUAUAACAAAUGAUUAGUGAUGGGCAGUUUAUUUGCAAAAAGAAAUUACAAGCUGUGCUUUGUUUGGGCACCGAUUUGGCCUCAUAGUAAAGUCAGACACCCCACCUGCAGAGGCUACACUCCACUAAGCAGGUGGCCAGGGAUCAAUACCAACUUGCAGCCUCUUUCCCAAAUAUCUCUCCUUACGCUCUCUUCCAGUGUCCCACUCUAUCUAAAGUUCUGUUCACUCAGAGUAAAGGCACCAAAGCCAGAAAAGGAAGAAAAAAAACGAUUCAUUUUCACAUAGCUCUGUUAUUUCCCGACUUUGCAGAUGUUUAAUACCAGGAAACAUGUUGAUAGUUGAAUAAGUAGCCUACUUUGUUCUGUUGAUGUGAUAUUUCAUCUUCAGCGAAUGUGUUGACUCUUUCUUGUGAAGCACUGCAUUUCACCAGAGUAAAAAAAAAGCUUUAUAGCAGAGGGGUCAUCCUCCCAUCUUACAAAUAAUUUCUCUUUAAAGCCGCACUAUCAUCCAAAAGUCAAAAAUGAACCAUGUCACCAUUCAGAGCCAGACUGUUAACUGCGUGCUGUGUCUCAGGGAGAACUGUAUGGAGACCCGAACUCAGUGGACAUCAACUCAGAGGAGUUUGCCUGCCUGCCUUCUGAAAUGAAACAUGAGAUUCUCAAAGAAAUGAAAGAGUUUUGUAAAAGGCGCCGGACCAUGUACCAAAAACCCCCAGAGGUACUGACCACUGUUAAUCACAAACACACACUCACUCACACACUCGGGUUCACUCUUCUUAAACUGUGACCUUACUUCCCUUUUAGAGUUCUGGAGACUUCUCUCAGUAUCAGCUGGCUGGUUUGCUGCAGAGAAAUCGUCUGAACCAGCGCCUGGAGGUCGUGGAGAAAGAGAUGAGCCAGCAGAGUGCAGGAGGUGCACCACAGCUUUACAACGAGGAUGGAGACAAGCAGAAUCACGAUGUGGAGUCACAACGACUCGCUUCUGAAGAUCAUUCCCACUACAUCCUUAUCAAAGGUGAGGGCGACUUUGAUGCUGCGGUCUCAGCUUUUACCUGUUUUAAAGAGAAGCUGUUCGAUAUUGGUUGUUAGCUUUUUUAUUUGUAUUUAUUUAUUUAGCACAGAUUAAAAACAGUGCAAGGAGGGAACAAAGCCCAUAGACUUAUGCAAAGGGUGCAAACGACUAAGUAACUCGGACAUAGACAGGUUAUAAAAAUACAAUGAUUAGGGAAAGGUCAAACAGAUACAAAUUGUCAUAAAUAGAACACAGACUACUCAUCAACCAGUGAUAGAGACAAUAUAAGUAAGUAUACAUAAAAAGGAAAGAAACAUGAUCAUAACAAAUAAUUAUGUGUUUAAGACAUGAUUUUAAAGGAUUUGUUGGAUGAUUUUGGUUUUAGAGAUGCAUCCAGAUGAUUCCAUAGUUUAGGUCCUCUAAAAGUGAUAUAAGCCUGAUAACUAGAAGUUCGACAGGAAGGUAACUGAAGACGGCCAUUUUGUCUUGUUGAGUUCGGGUGAAGGUCAGAUGCAUGACUGUAUUUUUACACACUUUCCCCCUAAGAAAUGGAUAAAUUUACAAUAGAAAAUAGUAAACCUAUAUUAAAGAAAAAAAACAUCCAAGACAAGAAAGCAUUUGACUGUUUGAAAUGGGGUGAAAUCUGACUACUCUACCACUUAAAUAUCAAAGAAAGGAAAACAAACUUUGAGUUUGUGAGAUGGAUCAUCUUUGUGAGACCAAUUGUUGCCUAAUUGAACUUCAUCUUAACCAGUUUUGCAAGAAAUCAGUCUAUAAUCUUAAGGUAUGACAUGGACUGUGUUUGUUUCAGGGGAAAGUUUUGCACAGUUGUCGGAGUAAAAAAGUUUUAUCACAGAUUUUUCACAUUGCUGAAAUUUUUCUAUUUAGGCUCCAAAAAGAGUGAAACUGUCCCCGAGAGCCGCCCUGCAGCUGAUCCCUGGUCGGGGAGCUCCCUGUCAGGUUCCAUUCGACGGGCCGUGGGGAAACCGGAGCCUUUGUGGCGUCCUGCCGGUGAUGUAGAGGAGAAAGUGUGUGGUCCCGCCUCGGAAGACUCCAAACCCCAAGUAUCAAAACCGUUUCAGGAAGACACAUCGCCACCCUCUCCUCGCACCCUUAAAGCAAUCCAGGCUGCAAUGAGUGACAGCUCGGACGAAGAGAAGGUAGAACAAGAUAAGAUGAGUGGGAAUGCGUCUCCACGUACUCUUCUGGCGAUCCAACAAGCUCUUGCUGAGGAAGACGCUGCUGUUGAACACAGCAACUCAAACACCAAACUGAAGGUGGAUAUUCCCCGUCCUGUCCCUCAGGUGGUCAUCAGCUGCUCAGACGAAGACGAAGAGGCAGAAAAAGUCAACUUUACUUCUCUAAAAAAUCCUGAUUUGAAAGAGAGUACAACCGGACAAAGUUUACUUGAGAGGGACAGAUUGUUAGUCAGCAGCUCUGAAGAUGAGAUGGAGGAAGUGAUAGGUCAGAGAAACAAAGCACUUCACUUUGCAGCUUUGCAACAACCUCAGGAGAAAUCAGAGGAGGAAAUGAAAAAAGGCCGUUUAAUAGAGGAUAUAAGGAGAGGAAACAGAGAACAGACAACAAGAGCAGAGCUUGAGAUAAGAGAGCCAGAGGAAGGCUUGAUCAGAUUGAAUGGAGAUCUGGUUCAACAACAGGCUGCUGCAUCAGAUACUGAAGUCCCUCCUGGUGGUCCCAAGUCUGAGCCCAGUGAGGAGAGUGAGUCAGAAGGUACAGUAAUGAUCCUUUUAAAAACACAUUCAUUCAUCUGUUUUUGUUUCCAGAAGAUAUCAACUGGAGAUCUGUUCUGUCUCUUCGCAGAAAGCUUUAUUGAAGUGUCAGAAGAGGAAUUCAAGGAAGACGAGGAGGAGUCGCUCGUUGUGAUAAGAGAAAAAAGACCCCUAGAUAAGGAACAUACACAUGAAUCCAAUACGAAAGAAAAGCUAGAGGUAGAUUUGACAGAAGCUGAAAGUGAAGCGAACGCUGUCAUGACAUCAGAGGAAGAAGAGGACGAAAAGACUGAAGAGGAAGAGUCAAAGGAGAGGACAGAGAACGAGCCACACUCAACUCCAGCGGUCAAUGAGUGGGAACAUUUUGAUGUGGUGAGUGAUGAUGAGAAGAUCAACAAUGUUCACCAAAAUCACAAACGGGACAUGUGACCACGUUAAUGCAUAUAGUAACUGAUCAUGCUUAUUAUUUUAAUUCCUUACUUUAGACACAGGUGUAGACGUGCCAAGCCAAAAUUCGGUGCUGCAUUUAUAGACGCUAACUGUAGAAUUUAAAACACAAAACAAAGAGAGAAAAAAAAGUCAAACAUUUUUUUUUGUCUCUGCGCCCCUGUAGGUUUUAAGCAAAGUGAUGUCGCAUGUGUAUUAGUGUGUGUCUGUGCUUGUGUUGUGUUGCAGGGUGAGCUGGAGGCUCUGGAGAGCUCUCUCCAAACGGAGCAGAGCAAUCUGAGGGAGCUGAAGCAGCAGCAGGAGAGGAUGGCCAACACCGUCACUGGACAGAUGUACCUGGAGAGCCAGGUUAACAUACAGACACGUAUAAAACACAUAUUAUCCACCCUGAAAAGUGAUGAUGACCUUUGACUUAUCAUUUUUAAUAUAAACAUAGAUAUAUAUUCUUAUAUAUAUUCAUAAGUGCCCCCCAAAGUAAGGACUGAACUGGGCAUGAAGGGUUUUAGGUUUUCAGCACCUAAUACCUGAAACAAACUACAGUCUAAACUUCGCCUUCAAGCUCUUGUGAAACUAAAUGAAUUAAAAAAUGUAGUGAAAUCAUGACAAUCUCCCUCAUCUGUGUGUAAAUGUUUUAUGUGAGAUCGUUUUAAUGUUGACAUGCUGUGAAUUUUAUCUGUUGAAGGAACUGUGCUGCUGCUGCCCUCUUGGCCAGGUCUCCCUUGUAAAAGAGUUUAGUAAUCUCAACAGGACCAACCUGGUUAAAUAAAGGCUAAAUAAACAGAAUAAAGAAACAAGUACAACAUACACAGUGCCUUGAAGAAGUAGAAGAAGAAACUUUUUCACAUUUUGUCACUCUACAAGUCAAUCAGGUCAAAGUCCAGACCUAAAUUGCUGUUCAUAGACGCUCUCUAUCCAAUCUGGCUAAGUUUGAGCUCUUUUGCACAGAAGAAUGGACAAAAAUUUCAGUCUCUAGAUGUGCAAAGCCUGUAGAGACAAACCCCAAAAGACUUGCAGCUGUAAUUGCAGCGAAGGUGACUCUACAAAGUAUUGACACCGGGGGGCUGAAUACAAAUGCACACAUUACACUUUUCAGGUUUUUAUUUGUUUUUUGUUCCACUUCACAAUUACUUUGUGUUGGUCGAUGACAAAAAAUCUCAAUAAAUACUUAGAAGUUUGUGGUUGUAGAGUGACAAAAUGUGAAAAAGACAGUGUAACAAUACAGAGGAGGAGAACAACAGUUGGGGGUCAGGUUAUAUUUAAACUGUCAGACUGUGACUGAGUAUCAACUCACUCACAGUCUUCAGUUUCACUUUAUAAAGGCCACAUGUUUAUUACUGAAGAGAAGAGACUGCCAAGAGCUUAACUACUUCUCAGUUAAAUACAGAAACAUGUACCAGUAAUUGGCCGGAUUGACUUACUGUCACUGAUUUGUUUUCAUAGAUUGGUUCUAUAGUAACUGAAAAUCUUUGUACAUGGUGUCAAAACCUAUAAGGUACAAGAGGAAGUACCGUGACAGACUAACAGGGUGUAUUUAGUAUGUAUGGGAUCAAUAACUUCUUCUGGCGUUGGUCUUCAGGAGCUGCUGCAGCUGUUCGGUGUGCCGUUCCUGGUGGCUCCAAUGGAAGCUGAGGCUCAGUGCGCUGCGCUUGACCGCGCCGACCAAACAAACGGCACCAUCACGGACGACUCCGACGUGUGGCUGUUUGGAGGACGACACGUCUACAAAAACUUCUUCAGCCAGAAAAAAUACGUGGAGCACUAUCAGUACAGCGACCUGCAAAACCAGCUGGGUCAGUGUUUGUGGGAACAUCUGCCGUCUGCAGAUAUUUUGGCUUUAGUCGGUCUGUUUAUGACAAGAGUCACGUAACGGUCGGCUGCAUGAUGAUACCUUGUUCUAAACAGAAGCGUGAGGUGAUGAAACUGUGGUAGGAUAACACGCUGCCGUGUUAAUCUGAUGGAAUUAUAUUACACAUAUCAGAGACAGGUGUUUGUAGAUGAGUGUGAUCCAGAAGUGACUGAUGAGCUGUCAGCAGACUGACCGCUCACACUGGACUUAACGCCCUCCCCUCCCUUCCUCUCCUCUUCUUCCUCUAUUUUUAACUCCUGUUUUCUUCCCUCUUCGAUCGUUUUUUUUAUACUGAUUUCUUGCUCAGGCCUCGACAGAACUAAACUGAUCAACCUCGCUUAUUUGCUGGGAAGUGACUACACAGAGGGAGUGCCAGGAGUCGGAUAUGUGACCGGCAUGGAGAUACUGAAUGAGUUCCCUGGGAUGGGCUUGGAGCCACUCAUACAAUUCAGGUGUGUUUGAGACCUUCAAGGUGAAUUAUAGCACUUACUAACUUACUGUACUAUAUUUUUCUUCAUCUAAACAAUUGGUGGAACCUUUAGCGCCCCUUUAGACCCAGAUCAUCCUGCUGCAAAGUCAAGACUGUCGGAUCAGCGUACAAAAAACUCUUUUUCCCAAUUUCAAGAUGGCCCACUGUGCACAGAAAUAAAAGAAUAAGUGUUCUGACCGGGUAAAAGAGCAAAGACUGGAGCUUUCAGACUCUUCAUAAGGACAAGAUUACAUAGACUAGAAGGCAAGCAAGUUAAGAGCUUCCAUAUAUGUAAGGAAACGCCAGUAACUUAGUCAACACUGCUCCCUUUAUGCAACUCAAGCAUACAGGGAGAAGCGGUGAGCUAAAGAGUGAAGGUAUUGUUAUGAUGCACGCAUAUAUGCAUAUACAAAAUAUCAGCGCAUUCAAUCAUGGGGAUUGUUGGGUCUAAAACCUGCCCAAAUACCUUAAAACACAUAAAAAAGGAGAAAGACAAUGGAAUAUACUCGAGGAGAAUGGACAGUGAUCUUUUUUUUAGCUAUCUCAAUACCACUCUAAGGGUUCUUUCUCUGUCCGGCCUCUUUUAUUUAGGGUUGUCCCUGGUUACACAAUGUUUCUAAAAGGUGGGGGGAAAUUGUGCAGCAAAGUUAGCACUCUCAUAAAGCAUAAUAAUGAACAACUUGUGAAUAUGUGAAGGUCAAGGCGGCAUCUAACGAGCUCCUUCUGAUAAGAAUAUCCUCCCCAAAACCUUCCCACGAUUCAUCCGUGGAGGAUAUGUCACCCCCACACCCACACCUGCUGAUAGGAAAAACACGGUCACAGAAAACUGAAAGAAACAUUGUUGUACUGUGUAGUAAAUCUAUUGGAGAGAGAAGUUAGGAAACACUCUUAUAUGAUAAAAAUACUCUUAUAUGAUGUAUAAAAAGAGGUCAAAGCAGUUUAUACUUGUAGUAUAAACUCUUACAUAAGAAUAUGAGGAAUAAUGAUAACUUCUAUAUACAUUUAUGCACAUUAUUCUAACAGGGAUAAAAGUGGUAGCAACAAGUUUUUACAGCAAAAAAAAACAAAAAAACUUGACUGGCUUCUGAACGAAAAAGCCCAGCUGACACGACAACUUCUUUCAAAGAUGUAUGAAAAGCUGAAAAAAAACAGCAAAUACUGAUUCAGAAUCCUAUAAGAUCAUAUAGAUUCAAUCACAUCACCCUCAGAUGGAAUAAUAGAUUGUAAGUUCAGAGUCUUUGAGUUUUCAAAUACCAUGAAUUUUGUCAGGAGUCAAGACCAAUCGAAGCUCUCAGAUACUGUGUGCAAACCAUCCUGAGAGCGCUCAAUACCUGUUUCAAAAUUAGCAUAUUAUGGUCUAGUAAGAUCAAUACUGUUGACAUACAUUGUAAGUAACAGUUGACCCAAGACAGAGCCCUGGGUCAUGCCAUUUAUUGUUUCAAGAGAUCUAAAGGCGAUCCCUUCAGUGCCUUCAGAUCCCUUUUGUGGUCUGUGGCUUGAAGUGUUGCAGGCAGGUUUUGUGAUUGAAAUUUGUGUUGUGUGUUUGCCUGUUCGUUGUUUGUUUUUUUGCUUUAGUCAGUGGUGGUCAGAGGCUCAAGAGAAAAAGCGCCUGGUGUCCGAUCCGAGGGACACAAAGGUCAAGAAGAAACUGAGGGCCUUAAAGCUGCAGCCGGGGUUCCCCAGCCCUGCGGUCGCUCAGGCUUACAUGGAGCCCGCUGUGGACCAGUCAGACAGCACCUUCACUUGGGGACGCCCACAGCUGGAUAUGAUCAAAGAAUAUCCUUUCAUUGUGUGUUUAUUAUGUGUUUGUACGUGUAAAGCAGGAGCGUGUGUAGUUUCCUCAACCAGUCUCUUUACGUUCUGUUUGAAUCGUUUUGGUUGGAGCAGCCGGAAAACAGAAGAGACUCUUCAGCCGGUGAUAAAACAGCUCAACACUCAGCAUGUAAGUGAGAUCGUUUUUAACCAGUCUGGAACAUUGUCACAUCUUCCUUAACCUCCUUUUUUCCACCAAAUUUCCCCUGAAUGUCCCGUGAGUUUAAAACAAGUCCGUAUCAAUGGAAACCACAUCGUCGUCUAACAUCACCAACUGUUUUCGUUUAGACUCAGCUGCGAAUCGACUCAUUCUUCCGCUUGGAGCAACAGGAGAAGCAGGGGAUCCGCAGCCAGCGCCUCCGCCGAGCGGUCACCUGCAUGAAGAGGAAGGAGAAAGAAGCAGGAGAGGAGAGCGAGGAGGACAGCGAAGAGGAGAAACUGUCCCCGUCAAAACCCAAAAAAGACAGGACAGCACAUGAGAGUCCAGCCAAAGGAGGGGUGGCAGGAAGGGGAGAGGAGAGGAGACCUGGAGGAGGAGGAGGAGGAGGGUUUCUGGGGUCAGAGGUCAUUGUUGAACCUCCUGUUACAUCUCUGAAUGACUCGAGCAGCAGCAGCAGCAGCCAGGAGUCUUUCACGGUCAAAACCCCUCAGGUUACUAAGACUCCGACUCAGACGAUCAGAAGGAAGAGCAGCAGCAGCUCCAGCGAGGGCAGUGAUGAUGGUGGAGAUGGAGUCGCUAUGGUUACAGCCAGGUCUGUGUUUGACAGCAGCCGACGAGGCCGAGGAGGGAAACAUCCACGUGGAAGGGGAAGUGUUAGAGGAAAAGGCAAGGGGAAACUAAGAGGAAAAAAAUGAACUUUGACUGUCGGACGGAUUUGACAAACGAAAAUCAUGUCUGAAAACAAGGUGCUAUAAAUGUCUGUGACUUUAAAUAUGAAUUAUGUAAAUGUAUCAUGAUGAAAUGAGCUUCUCUGUACCACAGGAAAUAUGUUUGUAUUAGAGUAACAGACAGUAUGAGGACUGAAGAUGCUUUGCAUUAAAUUUUCCCGCUUUUGGAAGUUGAAAUAUUUCCA